AUGCAGACUGCAAAUAGGCCAGGGUGCUCAAUAGUGGCUUUUACUAUUGAGUUAAUACACAAUAGUUGGGAUACCAUUCCCAUGGAGGGUUUCAAGUAUAGUAGCUCGCCUUUAGCUACGGGCAACAUGGUUAGAUAUGGUGUACAACCUAGGUUUUUGGAGGUGUAUACAGAUAGAGCUUCAAUAUAUAUGAAUAAAGUGCUUAUGGUGUGGCAUGGAAGCUCCUCGUACGUAUGGAGUUACAUUAGUUAUAACAUCAAUUCAGUACAUGUUAGAAAGGGUGAAUCUUCUGGUAAUUUACCUACCCACUAUAGCACUGCCACAAUAGGAGUGUUCUGGGGUCAUGGCUUGUAUGACCCUACAGAUCCUCCUACUCACAGAUGA